CCUGCCUUUUUUUGAAAGGACCGAAGUGGAGUGUGUGCUGUGCGUGGUGCCUUCAGCUCAGCGUCUGCAAAUUACAAUCUCCACAUCUCUUUCUGUUUUCCUCAACUCACACCCAUAUCUUGCUUGUCCCGGAAAACAUUUUCUUGGGUAGCAUCAUUUCCAAACACCACCUCAUCACUUCUGAAAUUAAUGUUUCUGAAGUCUGACAAAAGAUUCUGCACCGCUGGGCAAAACCCAGAGCAUAACUGCCUCUUUAUGAAAUAGUCAGGGUGAGAUUCAUGCUUUCUUCUUCACCAUAAAUGGCCAACACUGUGCGUUCGUUCUAGUUCCUUAUGGCGGUCGAGUGAAUUCAUGCAAUUUGAGUUCCUUUUUCCUUGAUCAGAAAAUGGAGAGCUUCUGGGUUUUCUUCUGUUUCUUGUUUUCUGUAAUCAUUUUCCCAGUUUCCAUGGGGCAACUGACUCCGACAGAAGGUCGAAUUCUUCUCCAAGUUCAGCAACUUCUCGAGUACCCAGAAGCUCUUCAAGGCUGGAACAACUGGACUAGCUUCUGCUAUCUUCCUCACUCGCCCUCUCUCAAGAUCGUCUGUACAGAUAAUCGAGUCACUGAAUUAACUAUCAUCGGAAACAAAAGCUCGCCUUCUGUUUCCGGGGACUUGAAGGUAUCUCAGCAGACACUGUCCGAGAAAUUCUCCAUUGAUGCUUUCUUCACAGUUCUAACCAAGCUCUCACACGUCAAAGUGCUGUCACUAGUGUCCUUGGGAAUGUGGGGUCACUUGCCACCAAAGGUCAAUAGGUUCCAAGCACUGGAAGUGCUGAAUAUCAGUUCAAAUUUCAUCUAUGGAGAGCUUCCCCGGACAAUCUCAACUUUUGUAAGUCUUAGGAGUAUUGUGCUGGCUGAUAAUUUGUUGAAUGGGAGCGUUCCGGAUCUUAGAAGCUUGCUUCUUCUUGAAGAACUCAACCUGGGUGACAAUCGCUUUGGACCUGAAUUUCCUUCUCUGGGAACCAGUUUGGUUAGUGUGGUACUGAAGAACAAUUCUCUAAGAUCUGUUAUUCCUUUAGGACUCAUGAAUUUUGAUAGGCUUCAGCAAUUCGAUAUCUCUUCCAACAAAUUUGUGGGACCGAUCCCGUCUUCCAUAUUUUAUCUGCCUUCAAUUCAGUACCUCAAUUUGGCCAAAAAUCAAUUCACGGGGGCCUUUCAAACAAAUAUAUCCUGCAGUGGUAACCUCAGAUUUGUGGAUAUUUCGCACAACCAUUUGAUAGGAAAGUUGCCCUCCUGCGUUGGAUCAAAUUCUUCGAAUUUGACUGUUAUCAGUUCUUGGAACUGUUUAUCUGGUGGAAACUUGGGUUAUCAGCUUCCCAAUUCAGCCUGCCGAAAAGAAGCAUUGGCUGUUAAGCCUCCAACAAGAAAUGAUGCGCAGAAGUCCAGCAGCAAACUAGGCCUGAUACUUGGUGUGGUGGCAGGCAUUGUGGGGGUUCUGGUGGUUCUGGGGCUGUUGGCUUUGGCCAUUUUCAGAAAAUCACGACCAAAUAAAUCUGAAACAGAUAUAUUUAAUCAAGGAUCGGUUGCUUAUAAGUCUCCUCUUCACAGCUCCUCCAAACCAAUCAGCGAAGCAAGACAUGUGCCCACCACAAUGGGGUUCGGCACACUGGGGCUCCCACCGUAUCAUGUUUUCACUUUGGAAGAAAUGGAAGACGCAACAAACAACUUCGAUCCAUCUAAUUUGAUAGCAGAGGGAUCUCAAGGACAGUCCUACAAAGGGUGGCUCAGAGAUGGCUCAGAAGUCCUUGUGAAAUGUCUGAAAUUGAAGCACAAGCAUUCACCUCAAAGCUUGCCACAGCAAAUGGAAGCAGUAACAAAACUGAGGCAUCAACAUUUGGUCAGCGUUCUUGGACACUGUAUUGUCACAUACCAGGAACAUCCCAAUACCGCUAGCACGGUCUUCAUCGUCGUUGAACAUGUUGCAAACGGGUCGCUCAGGGAUCAUCUUACUGACCGGAGGAGAAGAGAGAUACUGAAAUGGCCGCAGAGAUUGGGAAUCUCCAUUGGCAUUGCAAGGGGAAUCCAGUUCUUGCACACUGGAAAUGCACCAGGCAUUUUUGGGAACAAUUUGAAGAUUGAGAAUGUGCUGUUGAAUGAGAAGCUUACUACAAAGAUUAGUAACUACAAUAUUCCCUUGCGAUUUAAGGUGGGUUCAGAAAGCCCUCUCAAUGGACCAAAGUUCCGCAGUGAUCUCCAAGGUGCCCAAGAGGCGGAAAGGGAUGAUAUUUAUCAGUUGGGUGUUAUUCUGCUUGAAAUCAUCACUGGAAAGCAAGUAACAAGCGAGAGUGAAUUGGAUGAGUUGAAACUCCAGCUGGAAAGGGGCUUAACGGAAGCGGCAUCAAAACUCCGGGCAUUAACAGACCCCUCAAUUCGUGGUACCUUCGCUUAUGAAUCAUUGACAAACACUGUCCAAAUCACCCUCAACUGUCUCUCCAAGGAUUCCAGGAAGCGCCCAUCAAUAGCAGAUGUCCUUUGGAACUUGCAGUACUCCAUUCAAGUUCAGGAAGGAUGGGCAAGCAGUGAAGGCCUUAGCACCCAGCCGUAAUGCUAGGAGAGACUGUUAAAGUCUGCCAAAUGCCUGCAUUUUGUUUUUUUUGUAUUAUUUUUUUUUCCUUUUCCCAGUUGAAUAAGUGUUGACUAAAACCUGUACCCUAUAGCUUCUAUGUAAAUCAAUUCCCAAUCCCAACCAUAAAGUCUCUACUAUUCUCAA